AUGCACUCGCCCACAAAUAUGGGGCCCAUCAUGCAGCUCAAGUUUGGGUCCCACCCGGUUGUCGUGGGCUCUUCGGUUGACAUGGCUAAGGCCUUCCUGAAAACCCACGACGUUAACUUCGCCGGACGACCCAAAUUCGCAGCCGGUAAGCACACCACAUACAACUACUCGGACAUUACUUGGUCCCCUUACGGCCCAUAUUGGCGCCAGGCCCGUAAAAUGUGCAUAAUGGAGCUUUUCAGUGCCAAACGCCUAGAAUCAUAUGAAUAUAUCAGAAAGGAGGAGAUGAACGCAUUGCUCAGAGGCUUAUUUGAGUCCUCCAACACCAACAUUUUGCUGAAAGAUCACCUUUCAACUGUGAGUCUUAAUGUUAUAAGCCGCAUGGUGCUCGGAAAGAAGUACACGGACGAGUCGGAAGACUCGAUCGUGAGCCCCGAUGAGUUCAAGAAGAUGUUGGAUGAGCUCUUCUUGCUGAGCGGGGUGUUGAAUAUUGGUGACUCAAUACCGUGGCUUGAUUUCUUGGACUUGCAAGGGUACAUAAAGAGAAUGAAGGCUUUGAGCAAGAAGUUGGAUAGGUUCUUGGAGCAUGUGUUGGAUGAACAUAUUGCAAAGAGGAAGGCAGGUGGUGAAGACUUCGUUGCAAAAGAUAUGGUUGAUGUGCUUCUGCAACUUGCUGAUGAUCCUGACCUUGAAGUUAAACUUGAAAGACAUGGGGUCAAGGCCUUCACCCAAGACCUAAUUGCCGGUGGAACGGAGAGCUCAGCGGUGACCGUCGAAUGGGCAAUUUCAGAGCUGCUAAAGAAGCCGGAGGUUUUCAAGAAGGCAACAGAGGAGCUAGACAGGGUGAUUGGAAGAGAGAGAUGGGUUGAAGAGAAUGACAUUGUCAACUUACCCUAUGUUGAUGCCAUUGCCAAGGAAACCAUGAGGCUGCACCCAGUGGCACCCAUGUUGGUGCCAAGACUAGCCCGAGAAGACUGCCAAGUUGCUGGCUAUGACAUCCCCAAGGGCACCAGAAUCCUAGUAAGUGUCUGGGCCAUCGGAAGAGACCCUCAACUUUGGGACAACCCAGAAGAGUUUUUCCCUGACAGGUUCCUUGGCAAGGACAUUGAUGUCAAAGGCCAGGACUUUGAGCUGCUCCCAUUUGGGUCAGGCAGGAGGAUGUGCCCUGGCUACAGCCUUGGCAUCAAGGUGAUCCAGGCAAGCCUGGCCAAUCUCCUACAUGGGUUUACAUGGAGAUUGCCUGACAACUUGAAGGAGGAGGAUUUGAACAUGGAGGAAAUUUUUGGGCUUUCAACUCCAAAGAAGUAUCCUCUUGUUGCAGUCUGUGAACCUCGUCUUCCACCUCACGUUUACUCACUCUGA